ACUUCGAUCAUUUUUUAAUUUAUUAUUUUAUUACCAUUUAAUGUUGAAAAUUAAGUAACAGUUUCACUGAAUCAGUAACAGGGACGAUACAACUACAGUUAUGUCAUCAUGGAUAAUUUCCAGAAGAACCCGGUCAAAUUAUAUAUUCAAGAUAUAUUUCGCGCCAACCGAACAACGCAAAACAAAUACAUUUACGAAAUGUUUGGUUUGACUUUCAAGAAUAUUAUGAUCCACGGCGUUGUAACAGCAGUGUACAAUAUUCUGAAUACAUCCCUUAACUUUGAGUUGAGCGAUGCAACAGGAACAGUGCAGGUGUACUAUGAUAAAUCAAAAAAUAAUAAUAACAUUGGAGCACAAACAAUGAAAGGACUAUUCUACGACUUUGCUGAAGAGUCUAAAUUCGGCAAUAGUAAUAUUCAAAUAAUGAACACCUUGAUGGAUCGUAUUGUGAAGAAAAACAAGCAUGAAAUCAAAGAAGGAUAUCAGUGCAGUGAAACUUCAGCAGAGCGGGAUGUCGCGUGGAUGGAAGAAUUGAUGUACCUGUAUGACAAGUAUUAUUUGUUGAGCAAGAACUGACUGCAUGCUUGUAUCAUGACCUAAGAUUUAGCUAUGUACUUAGUAAAUAUACAUUCAGAGAUUUAAAUGAAUUAACUAUACAUAUAAUAAAGUAGUAGGAAAGUCAAAACUGUA